GGGGGGCCGAACAUUCAAGAUAUGGUGCUUUGGCGAUGGGGAGUAGCGGGGCUGCUGGCUUUGCUCUCUUGUAGCACCACCAACGCCGGGAGGUCUACCGCUGGGAGCAACGACCCUAUGGAUCUCCUGAGCAGCGUGUCCGGCACAUACACGCACUUUGUUGACGACGACUUGUCCGUUACGGUCAGCUACGACUUGCAGGACGACUCCAGCAUACCGUUCAGCUACCUCACCGGUUAG